AUGAGCAAUUUAGUAAAACCAAAUAGAGAUCGAUUAUUGAAUUUAACGAAACUUACAUGCAAACUUUUUAACAAUAUUUAUAACCCUGAUAGUAAACGUACUGGAAACAAAAUUCUUAGACAACACUUGAUAGGGCCUACAGUGACCAAUUGGUAUCCAACAAAGUUGAUAACACUUCGUCAAAUCACUGAUAUGUUUCCAGAAAUGAAAUUAAUAAAUCAAGAAGAAAAACAACGAUUAGAAGAUCUUACAAUAAGAAAGAAGAGAGGAAAAGGUGCCCCUAAGAAAGCAAACUCAUCCUCUAGAGAGCAUAAACAGGGAAGGCAGUCUAGAGAUUACUCAAAAGAACAAAUGGCUGCUGUUGAUAGAAUAAAAGCUUGUGAUGUUAGCGAUUACUAUGCAAUAUUGGAAAUAACAAAAGAUGUUAGUGAUGCUGAAGUAAAAAAAGCCUAUAGAAAGCUCUCUUUACAAACACAUCCUGAUAAAAACGGAGCACCGGAGGUUAGUAAGGCUUUUCAGGUUUUAAGUGAUCCACAAAAACGUACUUUCUACGAUGAACAUGGAGCAGAUCCCGAUGCAAGAAAUAAUGGAGUUCGUUCUGAAUUUAACGGUGCACGAUUUAGUAAUGGAUUUACUAAUGGUGCCUUUUUCGCAGAGGAUGUAUCGCCAGAAGAAAUCUUUAAUAUGUUCUUUAAUGGUGGUGGUGAUGGUUUUCAUUCAGCAACUUUUGUUGGGCCAGGAUUUCGUACAAGGCAUUUUCAUUCACGUAGAGCAUCAGCACAGAAUCGGCAUAAUCAACAACAACCAAUGAACUCGACAACAGUUACAUUUUUUCAAUUACUACCACUUCUUAUUCUUUUUGUAUACUCAUUCUACUCUACAAUAUUUCUAUCGCCUAUGCAAGAAUCUUUACCACAAUAUUCGCUUCAAGCAACAAAUUACCAUACACAAUCUCGAUUUACACAUUCGUUACAUGUACCUUAUUUUGUAGACCCAAAUCAAUUCUCAAAGUUUGAACAUAAUCCACGAAAAUUACGAUUGUUUGAAGAUGGCGUGGAAAUAAAUUUUCUUAAACAGCUUAGUGCAAGAUGUAAUAAUGAGGCAAUUCAUAAGCAGCAAAAGAUAAAUGAUGCAAGAGGAUGGUUUUCUUCUGAUAAAGAAAAACUAGAAGCUGCUACAAAUUUGAGAACGCCUAAUUGUGAGAAGUUAAUUGAAAUAAGUAAAACAAAAACUCAGAGAUUUAAUGAAGUCAAAAGAUUGAUUAAAAAUUAA